UACUGUGUGAGCUGUGAUUGGUUACAUCUUGUCACAUGGUACAAGGCUGUGGUGAAUAGCCUUGUACCAUGUGAUCUCUUUGAUCAUUCACAGAUUUCACAUGUAGUAAGCAAUGAUGUCAGAAGUGACAUCUUGCUUACCACUCUUCAUGUGAUCGGGACCUCAUACAGAGGGCACCGGAUCGCGGUGCUGCACACUCCCAGGGAGCGUGCACAAGCAGGGAGCGGAAGCCAUUUACAGUCAGGUCCCCACCCCUGCACUGCUCCCAUCCAGCCAUUUAUAUACAUGGGCCGGACGGGAAGUGGUUAA